AUGCCAGAGCCAUGCCACACAUGCUCCGAAGCCCGCUGGAAAAGGUACGUAAAAAGCACAGAAAACAACACCUUCGUCCUAGCGCACCGCCACCUACCGGCCGGUCUGCAAGACCACGGCUUCGACGAAAUUGACCUCCCCAAUCCACCAGCAGGCGACCUGACAAACGCCGUCCACCCGCUCUUCGCGGCAGACAAAUGGCCCCUCGAGGGCUUCCCAGACGACGACCUCUGGGGAAGCAUGGACGGUAUGCUACGUAUGGCGUCGCUAAUGCUGCUGAGUGAACCAGUGCUAGCCAUCCUGCGGAAGAUCAGGAACGGCACCCCAAGAACAGAUCCACAAUCCAGCCACGAUUUUCUCGAGUACACUCAGCCCGCCACUACAACAGCAAGAACCACAACUAACACAGCCAUCCAGACUGACCUGACCAUCCUAUCCACCAAACUCCGCUUCCUCUUCGGCGCCAUCCCUCCCACCGGUAAGUCAGGCCAGAUCCACGCCAUGCACAUGGUCUCCCUCAGCGAACUAGGCACAAAGUACCCCAUCCGCGGCGCCACUACCGCGCUAGCCAGCAACGGCUCCACGCACUCCAUCCUCCUCAACGACGCAUACAAGACGUAUCUCCGUCGCCGGGACUCCAGCCGCUCGCCCUGCCGCGAUCUGCGCACCAACUUCGUAGGCGCCGUGUCGCUCGUGCACGAGCUCACCCACGCCUUCUUCGCGCGCGACCGCACAGAUGGGAUCGAAGACUAUGUAGAGUCGUUCCUUAGUCGCAUCGCGGCUCGCGCUUCAGAAGGCCACGCAGGCGAGCUCGGCGUCUCGAGAAACGCAAUCAUGCACGCGGACUCGGGCGCGGAGCUCGAGUACAACGGGGUGGGUCUGGCGCAUUGCAAUGGGGACCCUGUGGUGCGGCUUGAGGCUCCGGGGUUUGUCACGUAUCCGUUGGAUCCCGGCUGGAUGCACAGGUUUAGUACUGCGGCGUUUUGGGAGGGCUUGGAUGAUGUGCCGCAGGAGAGGAAGGGGAAGGCGUUUUGCAUACCGAGGGGGGCCGGGGUGCGCUGGACUGUUGGGCGGAGAAGAGAGAAUGAGGAGUGGAGGUGGGAUGAAGGAGUAUAA